AUGCCCCGGAUUCUGGUGUCUGGGAUCGCCUGCGGUUUAUGUCACGGCAGCAAUCAGGGAAUGGAAAGUAGGGAGUGGAAUGGCGAGCCACAGGUGACUGAGGGUGUCGUGCCGAAAUUCGGAUCCAAGAUCUCGGGUUUGUCGAGUUUCAGUCUACACAUAUCCGAGCCCAUUAGAUGUGAAAGCGAGACAGAGGGUGGUGUGGUAGGAAUUGGUGGUGGUGGUGGUGACGGUCCUGCUCCCGUGAGCGGUGAGUUGGCAUGCAGGACAUGUGCCGGAUGGGGUAGGUAUGAUGUGCUCAAUGGCGGAGGGCCUGCAUUUCUCCAAGAGAAGGCUGACCUCAACACUCUCGCGCAAAUGCGCACUUUUCCCACCGACACUGACAUGCCCCCUUAUCUCCCUACCAAAUGUGCAAGUCCCAUCCAUACCAUAUGCCUUAGUCGUGACAAGAUCUACCGUAACAAACCCGGCCAGGUCAGAAGAACGAGGCUGGUGUACGGCUGGUUCGCCGCUCUCGUGGUGGGGGAGGGAGGGAAGGAGGGAGGGAGGGAGCCUGGGAGAGAAGGGGGGGUGGGAUGA